ACUGUCCAAUAAGAGACGCAGCUGGAAAGUGCAGGACGGCUUCCGGGAUUUGGCGGGUCUUUUGUCUCUUCUUGCAGCCAGAGCCCCGGGUCUCGUCUUCGCUGCUCUGUGUCCCCGGCUGCUCUGUGUCCUCGGCUGCUCUGUGUCCUCCGCUCCUGGAGGUCUAAUCUGUGUGGCCCUGUGACCUUCAGGUAUUGAGAGAUCCACAGCUGAGACGCCAGAAGCCGCUGAAAACCUCGAAAUGGGACCAUUGACGUUCAUGGAUGUGGCCAUAGAAUUCUCUCUGGAAGAGUGGCAAUUACUGGACACUGCACAACAGAAUUUAUACAGAGAUGUGAUGCUAGAGAACUACAGAAACCUGGUCUUCCUUGGUACUGCUUUUUCUAAGCCAGACCUGAUCACCUAUCUGGAGCAAGGAAAAGAGCCUUGGAAUAUGAAGAGACAUGAAACUGUAGCCAAACCACCAGCUAUGUGUUCUUAUUUUGCACAAGACCUUUGGCCAGAGCAGGACAUAAAAAAAUCAUUUCAAAAAGUGAUAAUGAGAAGGUAUGGAAACUGUGGGGAUGAAAAUUUACCACCAAGAAAAGAGUGUGAAAGUGUGCAUGAUUGUAAAAUGCACAAAAAAGUUUAUAAUAAACUUCACAAAUGUUUGGCAGCUACCCAGAGCAAAGCAUUUCUAUGUUAUAAAUAUGUAAAAGUCUUUCAUAUAUUUUUGUAUUCAAAUAAAUCUAAGAUAAGAUGUGCUAAAAAGAAUGCUUAUAAAUGUGAAAAAUGUGACAAAUCAUUUUGCAUGUUUUUACAUCUAAUUCAACAUAAAAGAAUUCAUACUAGAGUGAAUUCCUACAAAUGUGAAGAAUGUGGCAAAGCUUUUAACUCUUCCUCACACCUUAGUAGACAUAAGAUAAUUCAUUCUGGAAAGAAACCUUACAAAUGCAAAAAAUGUGGCAAAGCUUUUAAGUGGUUAUCAAUCCUUACUACACAUGAGAGAAUUCAUAGUGGAGAGAAACCCUACAAAUGUGAAGAAUGUGGCAAAGCUUUUAACUAUUCCUCAAACUUUACUAAACAUAAGAGAAUUCAUAGUGGAGAGAAAUCCUACAAAUGUGAAGAAUGUGGCAAGGCUUUUAACCUGUCCUCACACCUUACUACACAUAAGAGAAUUCACAGUGGAGAGAAACCCUACAAAUGUGAAGAAUGUGGCAAAGCUUUUAGCCGGUCUUCAAACUGUACUAAACAUAAGAGAAUACAUAGUGGAGAGAAACCCUGCAAAUGUGACGAAUGUGGCAAAGCUUUUAACUCUUCCUCACACCUUAGUAGACAUAAGAUAAUUCAUUCUGGAAAGAAACCUUACAAAUGCAAAAAAUGUGGCAAAGCUUUUAAGUGGUUAUCAAUCCUUACUACACAUGAGAGAAUUCAUAGUGGAGAGAAACCCUACAAAUGUAAAGAAUGUGGCAAAGCUUUUAAUUCUUCCUCACACCUUAGUAGACAUAAGAUAAUUCAUUCUGGAAAGAAACCGUACAAAUGUAAGGAAUGUGGCAAAGCUUUUAAGUGGUUAUCAAUCCUUACUACACAUGAGAGAAUUCAUAGUGGAGAGAAACCCUACAAAUGUGAAGAAUGUGGCAAAGCUUUUAACUCUUCCUCAAACUUUACUAAACAUAAGAGAAUUCAUAGUGGAGAGAAAUCCUACAAAUGUGAAGAAUGUGGCAAGGCUUUUAACCUGUCCUCACACCUUACUACACAUAAGAGAAUUCACAGUGGAGAGAAACCCUACAAAUGUGAAGAAUGUGGCAAAGCUUUUAGCCGGUCUUCAAACCGUACUAAACAUAAGAGAAUACAUAGUGGAGAGAAACCCUGCAAAUGUGAAGAAUGUGGCAAAGCUUUUAACUCUUCCUCACACCUUACUAAUCAUAAGAGAAUUCAUAGUGGAGAGAACCCCUACAAAUGUGAAGAAUGUGGCAAAGCUUUUAACUGGUCCUCAAACCUUACUAAACAUAAGAGAAUUCAUAGUGGAGAGAAACCCUACAAAUGUGGAGAAUGUGGCAAAGCUUUUAACUCUUCCUCACACCUUACUAAACAUAAGAGAAUUCAUAGUGGAGAGAAACCCUACAAAUGUGAAGAAUGUGGCAAAGCUUUUAACUGGUCCUCAAACCUUACUAAACAUAAGAGAAUUCAUAGUGGAGAGAAACCCUACAAAUGUGAAGAAUGUGGCAAAGCUUUUAACAUUUUGUCAACCCUUACCACACAUAAGAGAAUUCAUAGUGGAGAGAAACCCUACAAAUGUGAAGAAUGUGGCAAAGCUUUUAAGUGGUUAUCAACCCUUACCACACAUAAGAGAAUUCAUAGUGGAGAGAAACCCUACAAAUGUGAAGAAUGUGACAGAGCUUUUAACUCUUCCUCAAACUUUACUAAACAUAAGAGAAUUCAUAGUGGAGAGAACCCCUUCAAAUGAGAAGAGUGUGGAGAAGCUUUUAUCCAUUUCUCAAACUUUACUAAGCAUUAGACAAUUAAUAAUGAAGGGAAAUCCUGCAAAUGUUAACAGUGUGGCAAAGGCAUUUGUGUAUUCUUAACCUUUACUGAACAUAAGAAUCUGUGCUGAAAAGAAACCCUAUACAAAUGUGAAGAAUGUGGCAAAGGCUUUUGUGAAUCCUCAGCACUUAGUAAACAUAAAAUAAUUCAUAGUACAGCAUGUGGGAAAGCUUUUUAGCAGCCCUCAACCCUUACUAACCAUGAGCAACUUCAUACUGGAGAGAAACCUGAUACUUUUGAAAAAUGUGGAAAAGUUUUUAACUAGUUCUUACACCUUACAGAACAUGAAAUGAUACAUAAUGGAUGGAAAUUACUAACGUUAAGAAUGUGACAAAGCCCUUAGUAUAUUGCUAACCCUUACUAAACAUAAGGUAAUUCAUACUGGAGAGAAUUUCAGCAAAUGUGAAAAGUGUGACAAAGACUUUAACAAGCUCUCAACAUUUAUUACACACAAUUCAUACUGGAGAGAAACCCUACUAGCAUAAAGAAUGUGUCAAAGCCUUUUACAACUCCUUAAUUCUUAGCAGACAUAAUUUAUAUUGGAGAGAAACUCUACAAACCUAAAAGUUGGGACAAUGCUUUUCACAUUAUAAAAUAAAUCAUAAUUUCUGGGUCCUAGACCCCAGAAAUGUGAAGAAUGUGUCAAAGCCUUUAAAUGGUUGUCACUCUUGAUUGUUGGUAAGAUAAUUCACGCUGUAGAAAACUACAUGUUUUAAAAAUGUGACUAAACUAUUAACUAGUAUUCACAUUUUAUUGCAUGAGAAAGCAUUUAUACUAGAGAAAAAUUCUACAAAUAUAAAAAAAGGUGGAAAAGCCGUUGAUACCUGCUCAUAUGUUACUCAACAUCCAAGAGUUUAUACUUGAAACCAUUGCAAGUGCAAUUACUGUCAAAAUAGCUUUCAGAAAAUAUGUCAUUAAAGUGAAGAAGAGCAUUCAUUCUGAAGACAAACAUUACAAGUAUAAAGACAAUUGUAGUGCCAUUACUUGUUUCAUAGAUUUAGUAUUAGAAAAAAUGCCUGAAGCAGUUUCUCAAAACUUAUUCAACAUCAGGGAAUUUAUAUUAUAUUGGAGAAAAACCUAAUAAAAGUAAUGAGAUUAACUAAAGGAUUGUUCAAAAAUGACAGCUAAGAAAACACCAGAGAGUUCAUCAUAAAAUAUAUGUUUACAGAUGCAGUAACUAUGAAAACAACAUUUACUUCAAAAUUAAGUCUAUGUCAACAUCAGUAAUUCACAGUAGAAAUAACUAAGAGACUGACUCUUCAGGUAUUACACUAAAUUGGAGUGUUGAGUGUAGAAAAUUAUCCAAAACUAAAGUUGUUAGAUAAAUUAUUUCUAUAUAACUUUAACAAAAGAGAAUUGGAGAGUUGUAGUUGCAUUCAAAGGAUACUUUUUUCAUUUAAAAACUUCACAGAUUUAUUUUUGAAAAGUGAAUAAUCAACUCACAAUUUACUUCAUGUGAUAUAUUGUAUUU